AAAGGAGCUGUCUGAGGCUGCGAAAGGCACUAGAUCACUCACCAGCUGGAUGUCAAAGAGCCCAAAAGAUGCACAGCUAGUGGAGAGUGAUACAUCAGAUGAGGAAAUGGAAGGAGAGAAAGAGGAAGAUAGUGUGAAACAGGGAGAUGAGAGCAGAACGGAAACAGAAUACCAGGAGGAGACAGAGGCUGGAGGAAAGUUGUCAGACAUUGAGCAGCCCUCAGAGAACAUUGAGAUAGAGGAAGCAGCAAGCCAGGAGACAGAGGUUGGAGUAAGAGAGGCAGAGGGUGAAUCACAGCCCACAGAGAACAUUGAGGUAGAGGGAGCAGCAAGUCACGAGGAGAC